UUUCUCCCCUCUGCUCCGGCGGACUUCCCAUGUCGCCUUGUGGGGCUAUCGGCGGCGGCAGGACUGGGGGAGUCAGAGGUCUGGCAGCGCUGUCUGCGCAGACCUACCGGACGCUACCUCCCAACCCCUUUUCUUCCUCCUGCCUCCUCCUCCUCCCGUCACCUCCUGACCCGCCGGAGCUCCGAGCAACUGCCAGUCUCCGCCCCCAGCCGCAGCCGGUCACUGGCGGCGCCUUCCGCGCCAAGCUUGGGGGCCUUUUCCGGGUCCUACAGGGCACGGCUUCCGACCCGCGGCCCGGGACGGGGCUCGCAGGCCCCAGAGGGGCAGGCUGGAGAAGGAGGAGGUUAGGUGUCUUCAGGAGGGUUGCUGAGCCCAAGGACGCGCCAUCGCCGCGGAGAAGGAGCCGGACCCCUUGGGCGGAGCGCCCAAUGUGUGGUCCCUCACGCCGUCCCGCACCUUGCUUUUUAGGGUUCUUUUUCCGCUUUCUGAGCCCUUUUAUACCUUACGUUUAGAAGGGGAAAAUCAUCCUCCCACACCUUCUCCCCGACUUUUUGCCUUUUUUGUCUUGAAGUUACCCAAAGGUCUGUGUAUUGUUCUCAAUGGUCCCAAGAAUUACUCGAAUAUAGUUGUUUUUCUGAGGGAGGAUGGAUGGAGAUAACUAUCCUGAUCCCAGUGUCACUUUUUAAGGCAUUCGCUUCAAGAGACAAGCAGUUUAGAAUCAGGCAGAACUGGAUUGCAAAAUUUAUGGGCAGACCGGUAUGUGUGCAGGAAAAUGUCUAAUCAACAGGAGAAGUAUGAAGCUCAGAAUAUAGCCAAUUCAACAGAAGAGAGUGAUGAUGCUUUUGAUACUGUCACUAUUCCAGUUCCCUCAGAAGAGCCUCAAGAGUCAGAUCAAACUGAAGAGCAUGAAUCUGGAAUAGAACAAUUCAGUGAGAGCCAUGCAAUACAUGUUGAGGAGCAGAGUGACCAAAGCUUUUCAAGCCUGGAACCAGACAAUGAACAACUCAUGGAAGAGGUUAUAUCACCAAGACAAGUUUCAUAUACUCCGCAACAUCAUGAAAAGCAAUAUGCAAUGCAGAGGCCAAAUGACGAUAGUUUGGCAUUUCUGGAUAAAAUAAAGUCUGUAAAGGAGUCUUUGCAAGAAUCAAUGGAAGAUUCUCUAGCAACAGUAAAAGUUGUACUUAUUCCAGUGGGCCAGGAAAUUGUAAUACCUUUUAAGGUUGAUACCAUUCUUAAAUAUCUUAAGGACCAUUUUUCACACUUAUUAGGUAUCCCACAUUCUGUACUGCAGAUAAGAUACUCAGGAAAAAUUCUUAAAAAUAAUGAGACUCUAGUACAACAUGGAGUUAAGCCACAGAAAAUUGUACAAGUGGAAAUCUUUUCUACAAAUCCAGAUCUGUAUCCAGUCAGAAGAAUAGAUGGAUUAACUGAUGUCUCUCAAAUCAUAACUGUCACUGUCCAAACUGGCCUUGAUCAAUACCAGCAGGUACCUGUUGAGAUUGUCAAAUCUGACUUUCACAAACCAUUUCUUGGUGGAUUCAGACAUAAAAUAACAGGAGUAGAGUAUCACAAUGCUGGAACACAAACUGUACCUAAAAGGAUUCCCGAAAGACUCAGUAUAUUUUGUAGGGAUACACAGACAGUUUUUCAGAAAAAAAAUCUCCAACAAACUACAAAUACAACAUCCACACAGAUGACUAACAUUGGUGUAUAUGUAUCAAAUAUGACUGAUAAACUGGUAACACCAGGAAAGUAUUUUUCAGCAGCAGAAUACCAUGCUCAAAGACUAAAGGCGGUGAUAGUGAUACAGACUUACUACAGGCAAUGGCAUGCUAAAAUCUUCGUAGAGAAUUUAAGAAGACAGAAAAGCUUAAGAUUGGAAUGGGAAACACAGCAAGAACUAAAGAAGAUAAGAGAAAAAGAAGAAUGGAUAAAAUUGGACUAUCACCGGAGGCAUAAUCCUAAAACAAAUGAAGAUUUUGAAUUUCUUUAUAAUGCAUUAGAAUUCUGGCGGCAAGAAGAACUUACACGUAUUAACCAAUCUUUUACUGGAGCUGAAAGGAAAGCUGCUCUGUGUGAACUUCUGGAAAAAGAGACUCAGAUAAUUGCUUCCAUUGGGAGACAUAGAUACAUUGCUUAUAUGGCAAAUCAGGAAGCAGCAAUACAAGCUUUUUUGGAUAAGUGUUCAGCUCCAAAAAUAUGGAGAACCCCUAAUGGCAAAACAAUUGAGAUGGAUACGCAGUUCACCAUCAGAGCCAGAGAGCUGCAAAAUAUCUAUAAGUGCAUUAUGCUGAAAAAUAUCUCCCAAGAUGAGAGGCUGGAUGUGCUGUUAACUCUUAAACACACUGUAAAGGAACAUGAAUGUAAACUAACUCAGGAAAUUCUAGAAUUGAUUGACAGAGAGGUUGACCUUAUGAUGAGAGGAGUCAAACAUCAUAACCUUGAAGGACUCAGAAAAAGAAUUGCGACACUCUUUUUUCAUUAUAUCAAAACACCUCUGUUUAAUCCUGAAGUUGCAAAAUACCUUAAGGUCCCUCAAGACCCAUUGAAAUUUUAUAAGAAGAUUUACUUUUGCCACAGUUGCCAGCUUUAUUUGCCUUCUACAGAAUUUUCUGUAUCAUCCACCUCACGCCGCAUAUACCGGUGUCGUAACUGCAUUAACCUUCAGAAUGAGGCUCAAAAACGAGAAUCAUUUUUGAAGUACAAAUGUUUACUUCAACAGCUCUACUAUACAGAAGCUGAUUAUGAAGGUGAUUCUAAAAUUGCUUUCUUGAUGCAGCUACAAGACAUUCAGUACCUGACAGAGAACAUCUGGGCGUCCCAGUCAGUCCUCAGUGCCUGCGACAAUCUCAGUGAUCUGGUCAUGGUCAGAUGGAAUAAAUCCCUGGAGUGGUCCCCCUGGAACUGCAUUCUUCUUACCAAAGAUGAAGCGGCUGCUCAUCUCAAGCUAACAAGUAUUGAAGAGGGAUAUGAACGCUCAUUUAUUCACAAGAUCAAACACAAACAUAUCCUGGCUAAGAACUAUUUUUCUCAGAUUCCACUGCUGGCUUCGUUUAUACUUGAUGAUGGUGAAAUUGAUGAGAUCAGAUGGAAGUAUCACUCAGACACAACACCUAAGAUUAUAGAAUCCCAGAGGCCUCCUCAUUAGGUGAUCCAGGAGUAUUUGUUUGAUGAUCGGCAUUUUGUUCACUGCUAAUAGGGUAAUACAGAGGUCACAGAGUAUGGAAAUGGAA